AACUCCAACAAAAAAUUUGCAAUUUGCGUGUAAACCACAACAAAGAAAUGGCGACGGGGAGCGGCGGAGCAACGGCGGAGGCUCCGAAGAUAGUAUGGAACGAGAGGGACAAAAGGUUUGAAACAGAGGACAAGAAAGCAUACAUAGAGUACGAGUUAAGAAAUGGUGGAAAAGUUAUGGAUAUUACUCACACCUUCGUCCCCUCAAGCAAGAGGGGUUUAGGGUUAGCUUCACAUCUCUCUGUUGCCGCCUUUAAUCACGCUCAAUCCAAUAAGUUAUCCGUUAUCCCCACCUGCUCUUACAUCUCUGACACUUUUGUACCCAGAAAUCCUGCUUGGAAAUCUGUCUUGUUCUCUGAAGAUCUCAAAUCUAGCAUUUGAAGCUUACAGAUCAUCUGUUCUUUUCACAUUUGUGUUUAUAGAUGAUGAACAUACUUUUGAUGCAUGUUGAAUAAGCCAAUGCUCAUAUGUUUGUAGCAUAUUCAAAGUUCAUACCUUGCUCAAUGAUAUUGUGUACAACAAAUGUUUGCCCAUAAAUCAUUGUAACUACAAGAAUCUAUAGAACUUGUGGUAUUAAGAAAUUUAAACAUUUGUAAUCAUUAUACA